CCCUCUGAGUCACGUGGCCUAAUGUUAUCGUGCGGUGCCUUCUGGGAGUCAAAAUGGCGCGCCCCGUUGAAGAAGUCAUCCGCUGUGCCCUAUCUGAUGUAACCGCGUCGCCUCAACGGUAAUGCGGUUUGAGAACACAUCAGAAUAAUAACAAUAUAAGCUUAGUUCUCGCUUUCUAAACACACACACAGCCCAAUAUGGGCACGUUGUUCCGGGCCAGAGCGGCGCUGAGACCCAGAGGGUUCCCCGGUGUUCUGCUCCGUCCUUCACCGAGUGACGCAGAUCCACACCGGUGUGCGGUCCUCACCCCUGUCCCCAAAGCAGCCCUGCUCCCUAAGAGGGGUCACGGCAGUCAUGUCGCGGACGGAGCGAGGGAUCAGUUGAACUACGUAUGUUACAGCCUCCCUCACAGGACUCUGUUGAGACUGGAGGGACAGGACACCAGCUCCUUCCUCCAGGGGAUCAUCACCAACGACACCGGGCUGCUGGCCGAGCCCGGUCAGAGGGCGAUGUACUCACACAUGCUCAACGUCCAGGGGAGGACUCUGUAUGACAUCAUACUGUACAGUCUCAAACAUGCAACAGGGAGCAGUAUUCUCCUUGAAUGUGACAGUGCGGUGAAGGACUCAAUCAUGAAACACUUGAAAGUCUAUAAGAUACGCCGAAAGGUGACGAUCAGCCCCUGUGUAGACCUCUCUCUAUGGGCAGUCCUGCCGCGACUAAAGAACUCAGAAGUACCGGAUAUCUUGUCUCCGGAGAAAGCCCCUAUAUGCGUGACGGACCCCAGAACUGAACUAAUGGGGUGGAGGUUGGUGUUGGACAAUGAAGUUGACCCCCAGACAAUCAUUGCAUCUUGUCAGCAAGGAGAUAUAGAGGAGUAUCAUAGACAUCGCUACUCGAUAGGACUCCCGGAGGGAGUGAAAGAUCUCCCUCCCGAAGUAGCCCUCCCCCUGGAGUCCAAUCUGGUGUACAUGGAGGGGAUAAGCUUUAGUAAAGGCUGCUACAUCGGACAGGAGCUGACGGCCCGAACCCAUCACACUGGCGUGGUUCGCAAGCGACUGAUGCCCGUUCGCCUGUCCUCUGCCCUGGCUCAGGGGGUCGCCGAAGGGGCUUCGUUGCAAACUCAAGCAGGAAAGGCUGCGGGGAAACACAGGGCCGGGCUGGGAGAGCUGGGGCUGAGUCUGAUUCGUCUUGCUCAUGCCAAAGAAGUGCUUUCGCUGAAGUCAUCCGACGGUUCCUCUGUGAAUCUAGAGGCUUCAGUGCCAGAAUGGUGGCCUCAAGACUUGAAAUUAAAGUAAAGAUAUGUUUUUUCUUUUUUUCUGCAUUUGACGUAAGGCCAAUGUAUCUUCCUAACUCAACUCUUAUAUUUGCAGCGAUCCACCAAUUGAAAUGGGGUUGAAUAUUAGCUGUUUUUGUAUUAUGUCUGAAAUGUACAUCACCCCUGAGCUCUGUGUAGUUGAUGACACAAAAAAAUCUGUUUAUUAAAUACACCAUCGAAAAUUACUUUUGGAUUUUAUUUCGUACAUAAUUAGGUGCAAGACAUUAACUGACAUUUGUGAUUAAAUAUAUCUAAUAUGCCACACCAAAUGUGUGAUAAUACCUUGAAUAUU